UAAAAAAAUGAUUCCGUUUUGUGAGUAUCGUUUCUAUAUCUUAAAAUAUGCUAUGUGCAAUUGAGAAAUCGCCUAACAGUGUGAAGUGAAGCAAUAAUUACAGGAAGUAUAUCUUUUAUCUCGAUGUGAAAAGAACGUAACAACAUGCCUUAUCUUGCCAGCCUAAAAGGAAAACAAUUUAUUUUUGGCCUUCUGCUUGUGAUUUCCGUGAUGUUGUACAUCAUAAUACUUUCUCCCGAGGGUCCAGUUUGGCCAUCAUUUCCAUAUGUUUCAGAUCGAGACGCACAGACUAGUCUUUGGAAUUUCAGAGAUAUCGGACAACAACAGCUAUAUCUUUAUGAUACCAUACUGAAGUAUCCGUGGAAAUCAAAUAGCACGAGGAGAGAUCAUUUUAGACAAGAGCUCGCCAACUAUCGUUCGGAACUGGGCAGCAGCUGGUCAGUUGUUCUACAUCAAGAAAAUGUUACCAUAAAGGAUCAUGACAAAUAUGUAUUUCAUGACAAUUACAAUGGAAUAUCACCCGAACUAUACAAACUGCUCCCGAAGAAAAAUCCUUUAUUACAUGGGAAGAGAUACCGUUCAUGUGCAGUUGUUGGCAAUAGCGGAACAGUUCUACAUAGUGGAUGCGGAAAAGAAAUAGAUAUGCACGAUUUUAUAUUCAGGUGCAACAUACCACCGUUGAUGCCGUUUGAGCGAGACGCUGGAAUAAAAAGUAAUUUUUCCACGAUGAAUCCUAGUAUAUUGUUUAAAAGGUAUAACGGGCUUAAGAAAGCGGAACAAAUCGACAAAUUCAAUUAUAUGGUGUCGGAGUAUAGAGGCGUGUUGUGGUCAAUCUGCCAUGCGUCCCAUGUUUCACUGUCUCUACUGAUGACCGCCAUGAGGAAUUUAAUAGCGGAGAAUUUAGAUUUGGUGUGUGCUAAUCCCAUGCACGUCCAAGCUGUAACUGACUUUUGGUACGAGAGAAACAUCCGGGCUCGGAUAUCUAGUGGUUUCUAUUUGGUAACAUUAGCCAUUCAGGUAUGUGAUGAAGUAACGCUGUAUGGAUUUUGGCCCUUCUCCGAGCGAUAUGGAGCAAACAAGACCAGUGUAUCUUACCACUAUUUUGAUAAAAGCACAGACAAGGUAGCCAAAGGAGUUCAUAGUAUGGAUAAGGAAUUUGCCCUUCUUAUGCAGCUUCAUGACCUUGGUAUCAUCCGUAUUAAUAUAGGACCAUGUAAAUAACUUCAUUACACCGGCAUUACACUAAUACCUCGUGUUGAGUACUGUACACCUGAGAAUCGGAAAUCCCUAGAAAACCUUAUUGUGAUGCUAUGCAGAAAAAAAGGGACAACGUGACUUGUUUUGCAACAUUCUCUACGGGAUACUGUGCAUCGACCUGAACAGGGAUGACCGUGAGCUAGUUUACAGUAACGAAAGUAAAAUUGUGGGAGUAUAGCCUGUAGCCACCUGUCCAACUUUUAAUCUUGUCAAGUUCAUAACUACUAAAUCCUUGAUGACUUGCCAGUUGGCCUCCCGGUACACUGUCAUAUAGGUCUGGUG